CUCUCUUGCUGAUAUAGAUAUAAUAAGAAUGGGGUUACCUUCCACAUCACUAGACACUAGCUGGUGCCUGUUUGCACUUCCAGCCAUAGCAGGAUCACAAAACUUACUUCACAACCCGCUCUUAGUCAUCCUAAUUGCACUUCUUUCCAUUGGGCUUCUAGCAUGGGCCUUCCCAAGAGGAGGAGGAGGUGUAGCAUGGAAAAACGGAAGAAACCAAAUGGGCCAGCUCGCUAUUCCAGGGCCCAAAGGAGUCCCAAUCUUUGGCCUCUUGUUUAGCCUAAGCCUAAGCCAUGGGCUACCUCACCGCACCCUCGCUUCCAUGGCUUCAUCUCUAACGGCAACAAAACUCAUGGCCUUCAGUUUGGGCUCAACCCCCGCAGUCAUAACCUCAGAUGCUGACGUGGCGCGUGAAAUCUUGAACUCACCCCACUUCGCCGACCGUCCCGUUAAACAAUCCGCUAAGAGGCUCAUGUUCGACCGCGCCAUUGGGUUCGCACCCAACGCACCGUAUUGGCGUCUGCUGCGGAGGCUUGCCUCCACCCACCUCUUCUCCCCGCGGCGCAUCCUAGCCCACGAGCCCCGUCGCCUGCUCCACUGCGCCGCCAUGCUGCGUGACGUGGCUCACGAACAGUCCAAACACGGCUUCGUGCGCCUCAGGAAACACCUUCAAGACGCGGCUCUUAACAACAUUAUGGACACCGUUUUUGGAAGAAGGUAUAAACGAGACGAAUGCCGUAAUGAGUUGGAAGAGGUGCGAGAGAUGGUGAGGGAAGGGUUUGAGAUUUUGGGGGCUUUCAACUGGUCCGAUUAUGUUCCUUGGAUGAGCUUGUUUUAUGACCCUUUACGUAUUCGAGAACGGUGCUCGGUUCUUGCGCCUAGGGUUAAGGAAUUUGUGAAGCGGGUUUUGGAGGAGCACCGAGUGGCUCCGUUCAAGGAACUUUCUGAUGACUCGGAUUUUGUGGAUGUUCUGCUCUCUCUAGAGGGGGAUGACAAGCUCCAAGAUGAUGAUAUCAUUGCCGUUUUAUGGGAAAUGAUAUUCCGUGGCACGGAUACAACUGCACUUCUUACCGAGUGGGUAAUGGCGGAGCUUGUUUUGAACCAACAAGUUCAGACUAAGCUUCGCGAUGAACUAGACAAGGUCGUGGGAAACAAAAGAGAAGUUACAAACUCCGAUGUGAUAAAACUUGCAUACCUGGAAGCCGUUGUGAAGGAGACAUUGCGAGUGCAUCCAAUUGGGCCCCUCCUUUCUUGGGCCCGUUUGUCCACGUCAGAUAUCCAGCUCAGCAACGGGAUGGUGGUCCCAGGCAACACCACCACAAUGGUGAACAUGUGGGCCAUAACCCACGACCCCAACGUGUGGCACGAGCCACUAGUGUUCAGGCCCGAGAGGUUCGUGAAGAGUGAAGGAGGGGUUGAAGUGGAUGUUAGAGGUGUUGACCUUAGGCUGGCACCAUUUGGAGCUGGACGUAGGGUUUGCCCAGGGAGGAACCUAGGCCUUGUGACUGUGAGCCUUUGGGUGGCUAACUUGGUUCACCACUUUCACUGGUUCCAAGACACGGCUAAUCCACUUGACCUAACCGAGGUUCUCAAGCUAUCUUGUGAGAUGAAGAACCCUCUCAAAGCUGUGGCUUUUCCUAGGUUUACUUAAUUAAAGUCCAAGAUAAUUAUUCUAAGAUUAAGUUGGUGUACGUCUAAGAUAUACUAUAUAUAGAAACUUGUGUUUUAGGAAGAUCCUCAAUUUUCCUAAAGGUUUAUAAGUGUGGGGGAUUAUUUAUCUAGCUUUAAUUACGUACUGUGUUACUAUAUGUAUU